AAUAGGGCUUUCCCUACGUCAAAUAAAAGCACCGCCAAAUAGUCUAUAAGAAUUAUAAAUGCAUAUCUGCAUCCAAAGGAAUGAUCACGUCUCAUUGUUGCAGAAAUAUUGCUCAAUACACGCAUGCAGAUACACAUUUAGUUCGCUUUUUAGCUUCCUGGUCUGAAAACGUCACUGCAUAGGCAAUGAAGCAUGUGCAUUAAAUUGAUAUUGGACUCUGCAGCUAGCCAGCUAGUGCCAUCGAAAUAUCCAGGUCCUAUUACCCGUCUUUCACAAAUAGCUAGAUAGCUGUUUGUAUUACGAGGUAAAGCUUUUAUUUCUUUUCAGCUUUUGGGACACGCAAUAAGAAAGCCCGAGGUCGCCACAGUGCCAUGGGUAAGGGCUGCAAAGUUGUGGUUUGCGGCUUGGCGUCAGUGGGAAAGACGGCGAUUCUAGAGCAGCUGCUUUACGGGAAUCACGCAGUGGGCUCUGAGUCCCGUAAGACCUUAGAGGAUGUCUACGUUGCCUCUGUUGAGACCGACCGUGGUGUAAAGGAGCAGUUGCGGCUGUAUGACACCAGGGGGCUCCACGAUGGCUUGGAGCUCCCCAAACACUACUACUCCGUAGCCGAUGGCUUUGUGCUGGUCUACAGUGUAGACAGCUUGGAGUCAUUCAAGAAAGUGGAUGUACUGAAGAAAGAAAUAGACAAAUCCAGGGACAAACGGGAGGUGAUGGUGAUCGUUCUGGGGAACAAGACAGACCUGCAGGAAUGGCGGCAGGUGGAUGCAGAGGUAGCGCAGCAGUGGGCGCGAGGCGAGAAGGUCCGGCUGUGGGAAGUGAGCGUGACGGAGCGUGACUCCCUCAUCGAGCCCUUCACUGUCCUCACCAGCCGCCUCACCCAGCCCCAGAGCAAAUCCUCCUUUCCGCUGCCUGGCCGCAGAAGCAGGGGCACGCCCUCCAAUGACAUGUGACUGCCACACGGUGGCGCUGUGCAUGUGGCCAAACAUACCAGGGCUCAUUGGAGCGUUAAUGGGCUGAGAGCAAUAAUGCAAAUGAUACUGUGGUUUAUUAUAUUUAAUUUUUUUUUACUUCAUCUCCUUGGAAAUCGGUCAUCGCCCCGACCACAACUAAAGAAGAUAUGUUCUGGGUUUGUCCCUCUGUGUAUUUUGUUAGUUUUGUGUAUUUUUUUUUUUUUGUAAUUUAUUUUUUUUCUGCACUUUGUGUUCAGCUUUUAAAACCCGGUGCAGUGUAGAGAUGAAGCAAGCUAAGUCACAAAUAUUGUCACAUGAGCCAGACGUGUGAAGCAGCGGAUUCGUAGCCAGUCGUUUGCGCAGAGACGUUGGACGUGGUCUCGCUGCGUACGGCUGUUAUUCUCCAAGCCAGAAGGGGAAAUUCAACGGGGAAUUCCAUCCCCAGCGUGUCAGAGCACUUUGAGUAUUACAGUAUGAAGAAAAGGUGGUUGGAAAUAAAAUAAUUAUUAAAGAC